AUGGUUUUGCUGGGGUCGGUGACUCGUCCACAUCUCUUCAAACUGAUUCAGUCGAAAUUAGGUGUGAGAGCGAGACAGGCUGAGGCGACGCAAAGAAUACGUGGUGUUCUCAAUGACAUGAGCAGGCGGUAUCACGUGGUCGGUACCGGGAACUUAAUGACAUCUAAGGUCUCUGAUAUCACAUCUCCGAUGGGCACGAAACGCUUUACGAUAAAAGCAGCUGAUACAAGUAACGAUGGAACGAUACCACAACUAUCUGUGAAGACGGACAAUAUGUGUUCGGCGGUCUUCAGCUCAUCCGGUGGUGUUCCCAUUCCUGACUAUCAAAAGCGUGAGAAAUGGGAGAAGUAUGUACUGGAGCAGACAAUUGAUCUGACAGGAGUACGGAUCGAUCCGUCACCAUUUCAACUGAUUGAGAAUACUAGUUUGUUCAAGGUGCAUUCAUUGUUCUCCUUACUCGGCCUAAAACGAGCAUACGUGACGAAGGCCGGUCGACUUGUUGGUGUCAUCUCGUUGUGUGAUCUUCGAUCGGCUAUCGAAGACUUGCAAUCCGGUGUGACGCCUACUCCUGGAGGAACUGUGUCGACUGAUCACAAGUUCGAAACCAGUAGCGAGAACGAUAUUGACUAUCUUCAUCCUCAUCUUGAAGUUCUUACUCCUGGGAGCACUCUGGAAGAUUUAGAAGAGAUGAACGAAGCGCAAACACCGACGGCGAAGCUGGAAACAAACCGUCGAACAUCUGUUUCCUCGCAAAAGCCUGCACACGGACUAUCUUUCUCAAAGUCCGAUUCAUGCCUACGAAAUCAGGCAGUUGGUAAGUUCUGA